CUCACACAAAAAAUUGAGUGUUGUUCCCAAGAAAGACAGUUUGAUCAUGGUACUGAUGACAAAGGAUGUAUUUGCUUCAUUAAGGCGAGCUGUUUGCGCUGUGGUGGGUGUCGUUGUGUUACAAAAUGUCCUGGUGUACAUGGCUAUGCUCUCCUUCUUCUGUGAGGACAGAGUAAAGGCUGAAGUAAGCCCUUCGCUCCAAUCCUCGUCGCCUUUGCUGUGGUGGGAUGAACUCCGAGGAACGCUGGCCACGAUUGGGGCUUGGGCAGCCGAUGGUAUCGCCUACUUGAGUGGGUGUCUUACAUCCGAGGCCACAAAUCCUCUUAUCGAGAUGUUCAGGUAUGAAUACCCCACUCCCUUUGCUCAGGUGUGGGUACCUGUAACCAAUAAUGGCCUAGAACUUUCAUGUCAAGUUGCGAAGCGUCAUCAGGAGGGAGGAGCAAACAAAGAGAAAAAUAUGACUGUCGUUAUUGUGCCGGGAAUGUUCAACAGCUCCUCCUUCUCUCUGAUUGUUUCCUUGGCGUCCUUGGUAUACUACCAGUGGAGAGCCAAUGUGAUUGUUGUCGACCUCAGAGGGCACGGGGAAACGGGCCGUCGCUUUCCCAACGUACCCUUUUCUCUAACAGUUUUGGAAGGACUGGAUCUGUUGAAAGUUGCAGACUUCGCCAAGAGUACCUUCGGAGAUGAAGCAGGGUCCAUUUGCCUCUUGGGUGUUUCUCUUGGGGGAACUUCGGUUCUUUCUUCUGCAGUGCAAGGAAAGGACUGUUCUGCAUUGAUUGCCGCUUGUGCAACUGUUUCUGCGCCCAUGGACUUGGACAGCUUGCUUGUGAGAAUGUCCCAAGGGUCUUUGAAUAUCUGGUUUAUGUUCUACAGUUGGGUUCUGAUUUGCUAUUGCCACUGUCGAAAUAUUGGCUGGCAUUCACGGAACUUCCAUUCCUUUGUGAAUCAAGUCGUCAAACCCUAUUAUGCCAAGGAGUUUGAGCAAGUCUUAAAAACAUCGGAUGAUCCAAGCAAGCUCAGCCCAAUGUGGCGUCUCAAGGACUUGCAGGUGCCUCUUCUGGCGGUACACUCUCGGGAUGAUCCUGUUGCAACGCUGGAAGAACCACAACAUUUACAGAGACAAGCUAAGCUUCACAACAAGGACCACUUGGUCCAUAUUAAGCUCUGUGAAACCGGGGGACAUGCAGGGAACCUUCCGUCCAUCAGCGGAGAUAUUCAUCGCUUCUUCACUGCAUGUUCCCAUUUGCCAAGGAACUGUUGCUGAGUAUCAGUUGUUCACAAAGCAUGGCGCCACACUCAGCCCCGCAACAUGCGUUUUUUACUUUGCCCCCUAAUGGUAUCAGCACUGUUGACUCCUCCCUCUGUUAUCCCACUUGAGGAACUUCCUAUGGCUAGUUUUACCUCGGCAGUCUAACUGCCUGAGUUCUCAACCCCUUUAUUGGUGUUUCCUCCUGGGGUGAAGCCAACAAAUAUAAGGAUAGAGAUAGGCAUAAGCCAACAAAACUGAAAAUUGAAGGUUCAACAAAAGUUAGGGGUAGGAAUAUAUUAUUGUAAAUUAAUAAGAUUAGGGCACUUGGCGCUUGGCACAAAAGCACAAUAACCCAGCAGGAACUGUAAAGGUUAGAGAUACAAUAGGAGAAUGACAGCUGUAAAUUAUGGAUUAGCAGGUGUUGCCGACUGGGCUAGCUUAAGAAAAAGAGGG